AUGGUUCCUCGAUUCAACCUAUUUGCAGCCCACAGGGCUGCCACUGCCCUUCGACAGUCGACCGUGUCCUCUGUUGCACCACGCACCGCUGCUUUAUCUCUCCGAUUCCGUGCCGAGCAGUCGGCUCCCGUUCAGAAAAGAUGGAACUCGUCCAAAAAGAACAUUCAGCCCGAUGAACAGAAAUACCCUACACAGGAUCCGCUGCCUUCCGUCCCCGAGGAGGCCGCUGAGAUCUCGAGGAUCAUGGAGAAGGAAAAGAGCUGUGACGGAACACCCUCAAGCCCGGAGUUGGAGCAAGGAUCUCCCGUCGAGCAGAUUCUCUCUCGCGAUGAGAAGGCCCGAAAGCACAUGCCAAAGGUCAUGCAGGAUAAAUUGAAAAAAUCCGGAGGCUCUCGCUCGUUCUCAACAUCCGCUCGCACCCGUUUGCCAGAGACACAAGGCUUUGAAACCAGCAAUGAUGCCUCGGUUGCUAUGCUCGCCAGCAUGAUCGAUCAGGUCAAUUCACAGGCCGCAGAGCGGAUUCCUGGCUUGAUCUUUGAGGAGCCCGAGGCCCCAACCGGCAAGACGUUCAACUUCCGCAAACGCUACGAUUCUAUGCAGGAUCAGUUCACCAAGAUGCUGAUGCAGGACGGCAAGUUGGCUCGGGCACAGAAGAACAUGUCCAUCAUUCUUGACCACCUCCGCACCGCACCUCCUCCUAACAUCAACUCCCGCCACCCCCUUCUUGGCGGUCCUCCUAGCUCUCAGCUCCCUCUCGACCCUGUCCUUUACCUCACUUUGAUUGUUGACUCAGUGGCUCCUCUUUUCCGCAUUCGUCAAUUGAAGGGUAUUGCUGGUGGUGGUGCCGCCUUGCAGGUGCCACACCCACUGACCCUCCGUCAGCGUCGCCGCGCCGCGAUCAAGUGGAUCAUCGAUGCGUCAGACAAGCGACGUGAUGCUCAGCUGGCCCACCGUGUGGCCAAUGAGUUGGUGUCUGUUGCGGAGGGUCGCAGUGGUGUAUGGGAACGAAGAGAUGGACAGCACAAGCUUGCGACAGUGGCUUCCCCCGCGAACUGUGAAUCAUUCGAGCUCGUCGAUUAUAACGUCACGCAUCAGUCUGGAGACGGAGUCCAGAAUUCUGCAUCCGCUGUCCCUCGAUCAUCCCAGCGCGCCUCGCAGGCAUUUGAGCGUACCACUAACGCACGGCCGCUAGCGGGAUUUGGGAUUGGACAGAAGAUUGCGACUGAAAAGACACCAUCGUCUGAAAAGCAGCCUAGGGGCAUCGGUCCCACCCCACUAAGGUUCUGGUCGGAAGCCCUUCGACGUCGGGCACAUAUAGCAAGUCAGAGCAACCCUGCUCUUGACUCUGAGACUGCCGCCAAGAUGAAGUUCUCGCAUAGUAUUCAAUUCAAUGCGGUGCCUGACUGGAGUUCCCAUUACAUUGCAUACAGCAAUCUCAAAAAACUAAUCUAUACACUCGAAAAACAAGUCAACCGACCCGAUGGCCCCGAUGGCCCUGAUGUCGAGUCCGCACCCUUGCUAGGCCCUCAGAUCACCAACCCGGAUGGAAUCUUUAAGCGUGCCCUGGAUGCGGAACUGGAGAAGAUAAAUACAUUCUUUGAGCAAAAGCAGAAGGAGAUCUUUGAACUCACCGACCAAUUAAUGCGGGAUGCCACCGUCUACUUGAAUGAGACAGAUGGCGUCAACAUGGAUCCUGUGAGUGAGACUGUCAUCAAGACUGGUUCUCGUCGCAAUCGAAGCCGUGCCUCUCGCAAUGGGCUCGGUCAAGGGCGUCGAUCUAGUGCUAUCAGCGAUGAUGAUGGAGAUAGCGAUGAUGAGCCGUCCGCUUCGUUACGAAACGUGAGACGCAGGCCGCAGUCGACAGACGGAGAGUCCACGAUAGAUGCACAACCGGGUGACAUGGCAGAUUCUGCAUUCUUCGGGCAAGCAAGCAACCGGGGACUCGCUGGCUCGGAAAUGGGUGAUCAGGCUUUCCUUGACCUCUACAACAACGGGGUGGAGCUGAAGAAACGUCUUGUCGAGGCCUAUGUUGCCCUCUGUGAGCUCAGGUCCUAUAUCGAGUUGAACAAGACUGGCUUCUCCAAAGCUCUGAAGAAGUACGACAAAACCUUGUUCCGAAAUCUACGUCGAGAGUAUCUGGACUCAGUCGUCUCCGUGGCGUUGCCCUUCAGUGAAAGCACGAUGGCGACAGUGGACGCUCACAUCGACAAAGUUGAGGGUGUCUACGCUGAAAUUGUCACCAAAGGCAAUCGGUCUCUGGCCAGUCGCGAACUCCGUCUACACCUUCGUGAGCAAUUGGUGUGGGAGCGAAACACCGUCUGGCGUGAGAUGAUUGGCAUUGAACGCCGUGGCCAGGCCCUGAAUGUAGGUAUUCGUCAAACCCUGCUUGGUCCUGAUGAAGACCCCGAAACUGCGCGGCGGCAAGGUGACAAAGGAGAGAUUCUCACAACUGAAAUUUCAACCCCGUUUGGGCGACUUCAUUUCCCCAUGUGGUUCUGCAGCUUGAGCUUCGCAACGCUGAUCUUCAGCUUUGCUGUUUUUGGUGCUCUGCUUUCUUUGCAGGUGAUGGAAACACCCGAGCAACAAAACUGCCUCGCGAUGCUAGUACUCAUUAGCAUUCUGUGGGCUACCGAGGCCAUUCCCUUGUUUGUUACUUCUCUUUUGAUUCCAUUUUUGGUUGUGGUUCUUGGCAUCAUGAGAUCAGAAGACAAGCCUCACAAGCGAUUGGGUCCUAAGGAGGCAACUAGCGUGGUCUUUGGGGCAAUGUGGACCCCUGUGAUCAUGCUCCUUCUGGGUGGCUUUACCAUUGCGGCAGCACUGUCCAAGUAUGAUAUUGCUCGACGCAUGGCUAUGUUUGUGCUUAGCAAGGCCGGUUCGAAACCGCAUAUCGUCCUAUUGACCAAUAUGUUCGUUAGUAUGUUCUUGAGUAUGUGGAUCAGUAACGUUGCUUCCCCCGUGCUCUGCUAUUCGAUCAUCCAGCCUCUUUUGCGCAACCUGCCUCCGGAGUCGAACUUCGCCAAGUCUCUCGUUCUGGGCAUUGCGCUGGCAGCCAAUGUCGGCGGAGCGGCUUCCCCAAUUGCAUCUCCGCAGAACAUCAUCGCGCUGCAGAACAUGUACCCUAGCAUCAGUUGGGGUACGUGGUUUUUCAUCUCGCUCCCCGUUUGCAUCAUUUCCAUUUUGUUGAUCUGGGGUCUUUUACUGGUGACGUUCCACCCUGGUCGCAACCAAAAUGUCAUCCCCAUGCGGCCCGUGAAGGACCGUUUCACUGGUAUCCAGUAUUUCAUCAGUGCAGUGACUCUUGCAACCAUUGGACUCUGGUGCGUAAGUCACCAACUCGAACAUAUUUUUGGCGAUAUGGGUGUCAUCGCCAUCAUUCCCCUUGUCCUAUUCUUCGGUACUGGUAUUCUCAAUAAGGAAGACUUUAACAACUUCCUCUGGACCAUCAUCAUCCUCGCCGCAGGCGGUCUCUGCCUAGGUAAGGCCGUCACAUCAUCUGGCCUACUGCACACAAUCGCAUCCGGCAUCACGGCUCGUGUCGAGCAUCUCAGCUUGUAUAGUGUACUCCUCGUCUUCAGCGCGCUUAUCUUGGUGAUCGCCACAUUCAUUUCUCAUACUGUUGCCGCAUUGAUCAUCUUGCCCCUCGUUCGCCAAAUCGGCGUCAGCAUGGAGGAUCCCCACCCGAACCUACUCGUCAUGGCGAGUGCGCUGAUGUGCUCUGUUGCGAUGGGAUUGCCCACGAGCGGAUUCCCUAACAUGACCGCGAUUAUGACCGAAGUCCCUCAAACGGGCCAGCGCUAUCUCCAAGUUCGCCACUUCCUCUCACGUGGUAUUCCGGCAAGUCUGAUGUCUUUUGUGGUUAUCGUCACCAUUGGUUACGGCCUGAUGGUUGUUGCCGGGCUUUAA